AUGGUUGCUCUCGCCAGGGAGUGCUUCUUCUGGCCUAAAAUGAGGCAGGAAAUGGAGCACUAUGUCACUCAGGUGUGUCGCUGUAUAAAGAAGAAGAAACCUAACAGAAUAACCAGAACACCAAUUCAGAGCAUUGAAACCUCUGCGCCGUUUGAGAUGAUAUCCAUUGACUAUCUGCAUUUGGACAAGUGCACAGGAGGUGAGGAAUACAUACUCGUAGUUGUGGAUCAUUUCACCAAAUAUGCCCAGGCAUAUGCGACAAAGGACAAGUCUGGGAAGACUGCGGCAAGAAAGCUCUUUGAUGACUUUAUUGUGCGCUUCGGUUUCCCAUCCAAAAUACACCAUGACCAGGUGAAAGAAUUUGAGAAUAAUCUUUUCCGCAAGCUUCAAGGCUACUGCGGUAUCAGCCAUUCUCAUACCUCCCCGUAUCACCCACAGACCAAUCCUGCAGAGCACUUCAAUAGGACACUCCUAGGUAUGCUCCGGCCACUUGAUGAAUCUCAGAAGUCAAGAUGGAAAGACCAUUUGAACAAAGUAGUUCAUGCCUACAACUCGACUGUGCACGAAGCAACAGGAUUUUCUCCAUUCUUCCUUCUCUUUGGCCAUGAACCAACCUUGCCUAUCGACCUGUUCUUCCCAAAAAGAGAAGAAGAGAAGAGUCAAUCACAUAUUAGCUAUGCAGAGAAAUGGAGAGGAGUUAUGCAAGAGGUCUACGCAAUUGCGAGGCAGAACAUGAGAAAGAGUGCAAGAAGGGGACAGAAAAACUACAAUCAACGUGCAUGGAGCUCUGUGCUUCAGCCAGGUGACCAUGUCUUGGUGAGAAAUCUCACACCCAGAGGAGGUCCUGGGAAACUGUGCAGCUAUUGGGAGGAUAUGAUUCAUGUCAUCACCGAAAGGAAAGGUCCUGAUAGUCCAGUGUACGUGGUUGAGCCACUGCAGGGGACAGGAAGAAGACGAGUGUUACACCGUAACCUACUGUUGCCGUGUCCUUACCUGGUUGACGAGUCUGGGGUGUGCAAAAGCAGCCUGAAAGAGAAAAGCCGUGGAAACAAACGGAGGCAGUCAGCAAGAAGACAUCAUCAGACCAAGCCCGAUACUGACGAAACGGGCACAGGCAGUUCUAGUGAAGAUGACUGUCACAUGUGGACAGCACUCAGAUAUGCCGAUCCACCCCUCAACCCAGAAGCAGAGGAUUUCUGCCCCCGGAGUGACGCACUCGGAGAGAAGUCUGAGCCUGCUUUCAGAGCAGAGGGGCAUCCUGAAGAGGAACAGGUGGAGGAGAGACGCAGUUUGGAGGAGGAGGUUGAAGCUCCAGCUGUUGGACCCGAGAGCAGCCUUUCCUGUGCUGCUGUCCCAAUGCGGGACACUAGGAGAGCUCAGCCCACCAGGAACAAGCUGCUGCUCAUCUCCUUUGAUGGUUUCCGCUGGAACUAUGACCAAGAUGUGGACACCCCUAACCUGGAUAAGAUGGCUGAGGAUGGGGUGAAGGCACAAUACAUCACACCGCCCUUCAUCACCAUUACCAACCCCACGCACUUCACUUUGCUCACAGGACGCUAUGUUGAGAAUCACGGAGUAAUCCAUAACAUGUGGUUCAACACUACUACUCAGGAGAAGAAGGGGUACUACAUGACUCAGUUUGUUGAUUCAUACUGGGACAAUGGCAGCUUACCCAUCUGGAUAACAGCACAGAGACAGGGUCUCAAAGCAGGAUCUCUACAUUUCCCUGGCACAGCAGCCACCUACAAAGGGGAGACUGUCAGGGUGAGGGAAGUGGAACCACGUUUAUAUGAUUAUUCUAAUGAAACAGAGUGGAGGCUGAACAUCGACAAAGUGAUUGGAGAGUGGUUCCACCAACAGGACCUGGACUUUGUCUCUUUGUAUUUUGGAGAACCAGAUGGGACUGGGCACCGAUAUGGACCAGAUUCCCCAGAACGCCGGGAAAUGGUUCAACAAGUGGAUCGUACUGUGGGCUACAUCAGGGAUAAAAUCCAAGAUCAUGGCCUUACUGACCGACUCAACGUUAUUAUCACUGCUGACCAUGGGAUGACUACUGUUCUACGGGGCGCACAGGUUGAAGAGAUCAUCCUCUAUAAGAUUCCUGGUUUCAACUUCAGUGAUAUCCAGUUCCAUCUGGUGGACUAUGGACCUGUUGGGAUGCUGCUUCCUAAGGAUGGGAUGCUUGAGAAGGUCUACAGUGCCCUCAAAGGAAGUCACCCACAUCUUCAUGUGUAUAAAAAGGAAGAGAUGCCAGUGUGGCUGCACUAUAGUAAACAUGCUCGACUCCUUCCCAUCAUCCUUUUUGCUGAUCCAGGAUACGUAAUCAAUGGGUUCUUCCCUGUGCAGUUCAACAAAGGAGAGCAUGGCUUUGACAAUCAAGUGAUGGACAUGAAGCCUUUCUUCAGGGCAGUUGGGCCUGAUUUCCAGAAGGAUUUAGUGGUUGGGCCCUUUGAGACUGUUAAUGUGUACCCACUCAUGUGCCAUUUACUAGGAAUAAACCCAGAGAUCAAUGAUGGACACCUCGACAAUACCAAGCAAAUGCUGCUCCCCAAGAAAAACACAGAAGAUUAUGAGGUAAAUCGUCAUCAUCAGGCUUUCAUUGGCUUAUCAGCAGUGGCUGGGUUUCUGGUUCUGAUUUUUAUAGUGGGAACUUCUUAUACUUGGUGUUUAAGGAGAAAAGCAAAUAGGUAA